AUGCUUGCUGCUUCGCAAUCAAGCUGCAUUCCACUCAAUCAAGCGAACAUAUGCACCAGUCGGGCACAAAGGCCAAAUCCUCACGCUGACCCACGACAAGCUCAUUUACCAGUAACUAGUGCUGCUAGAUUUGCCGCCCUUCAGUUUGUUUCUGGUUUUCUGCGGAACCAUUUCUUCCUGUUAUUCUGUUUUCUUCUUGGUUUCGCCUUUUUUGAUCGAAUGAUUGGCAAUGCGCCUCUGAAGCCACAGAGGUCUACUACUCACUACAGAAGUCUCACUGAUGAACCAAUUCUCACUUUCGAAAGGUUGGGUUUCUGA